AGCCCUUAUAUCGCUUAUAUCGUCAAUCAUCACCUUCUUACGAGGCGCUAUACAAUGAAGCGAGUGGUCACUUUUAUCUGGUUCUCGAUUGGAGUCUCCCAUGUCCAGUUGAUGAGGAAUUAUAAUGACCAUCACCGCCAUCAGUUGCUAACUGACGCUUCCGUGGCGCCACCGAUCAUUGGCCAGGCCAAUUAUUUCAUCCCGAUUGCCAGCAACUACCACGACGUGGGAGGUAAAGUGAUUAGCUCUUGGAGUUACUUAUUCCAGUCAGUCCUUGUUGCCUACACCGAUCACCGAGACCUGCACGUCGAAGACCUGUUGCCCGCUGCUGUCGCUCCUGUUGCUAACUUGUUGGUAGAACCCUUCCGUGUCCAGGGUGAUGUGGCCAAGGCCGAUGAGGAAGCUGUCGUUGCUGCCAAGGCCGCCAAUGUUGCCGAUCCUGUCCGCAGGAAGCGCAAAAACAUUUUGCGAUACAGGAACGGCGAAUUUAGACCUAGGCUCUGCUCACCCCGGCUAUGCCUGUCCGUGAGACCACCUUGAAAAAUACAAUCCAUCAUUACAUAAUUGCACUCGAACUCAACCAAAAUAUGACUCCAUUCGAAGGUGUAGUGAAGCACAUCUCGUAAUAAUAAACGUUGUUUUGUUCUUCUA